CUGGGCCGACCAGACGCAACUCCCGUAGGGUUUACGCCGCCAUUUUGACGGCAGACGGGGCGGCUAGUGGGCCAGCUGGAGGCGGCUCUGAGGAGCGCGGCGGCUGGUUUCCGGCCGCGCCAGUUCCUCCGCGUUCGCCCGUGGUCGGGCCGCAGCCCUAGGACCCAUUCGCGCGAGGAAGACCGCGCCUUCCUCCGGCAGCCAUGGCCAGUGUGCUCUGUAACAGGGCCAGACUGGUUUCUUAUCUCCCAGGAUUUUACUCUUUAGUUAGAAGAGUUGUUAAUCCAAAGGCCUUUUCAACGGCAGGAUCUUCAGGUUCUGAUGAAUCUCAUGUGGCCCCUGCAUCCCCAGAUAUAUGCUCUCGAACAGUGUGGCCAGAUGAAACCAUGGGACCUUUUGGACCUCAAGAUCAGCGUUUCCAGCUUCCUGGAAAUAUAGGCUUUGAUUGUCACCUUAAUGGGACUGCUGUACAAAACAAAAGCCAGGGUCAUAAAACUUUGCCUGAUGUUCUAGCAGAGCCUUUAUCAACUGAAAGACAUGAGUUUGUGAUGGCACAAUAUGUAAAUGAAUUUCAGAGUAGUAAUACACCUGUAGAACAAGAAAUUAACAGUGCUGAAACUUAUUUUGAAAGUGCCAGAGUUGAGUGUGUAAUCCAAACAUGUCCAGAAUUGCUUCGAAGAGACUUUGAAUCACUAUUUCCAGAAGUGGCUAGUAGCAAACUAAUGAUUCUGACUGUGACUCAGAAAACUAAGAAUGAUAUGACUGUGUGGAGUGAAGAGGUAGAAGUUGAGAGAGAAAUGCUCUUAGACAAGUUCAUUAAUGGUGCUAAGGAAAUCUGCUAUGCUCUUCGAGCAGAAGGCUACUGGGCUGACUUCAUUGAUCCAUCGUCCGGUGUGGCUUUUUUUGGACCAUAUACAAACAACACUCUUUUUGAAACGGAUGAACGCUACCGACACUUAGGAUUUUCUGUUGAUGAUCUUGGCUGCUGUAAAGUAAUCCGCCAUAAUCUCUGGGGUACCCAUGUAUUUGUAGGAAGUAUCUUCACUAAUGCAACACCAGACAGCCAUAUCAUGAAGAAAUUAAGUGGAAAUUAGCCCGUAAUGUCAUUUUAUUUGCUCUAUUUGUAUUUAAAUGGAUUGAUCAAUAUAAAAUUGUCAAAAGACUUCACUUUUUAAAAUAUACUUAUUUUGGAUAUUUAUUUCAGCAUAUGUGGAUUUACAACAUUGAUGAGUGAUUGGGAUUUUAAAAUCACAAAUGUUAAUUCAUAUUGUUACUGAACAACAUGUUAAAUAUACCACAUUGGACAGAAUGUGGAAAUUAACAUGUAAACAGUAUGUGAUCUAUUAAUGUGAAUUUCCCACUUUAUUGGAAACUUUAAAUUUGUUUUCCAAAAAUAAAGCAUACAUUUGGUUAUAAU